CUGGAGUUGAUAAAUUAUAUUCUUCUUGUUAUAUAAAAAUUAUUGAUUCUGAAAGAUAUCAAAAAUCAACUAUUAAUAAAAAUAAUCAAUUAAAUAAUAUAGAUAAUUUAACAGAUAUUAAUAAAUCUAAUAUUUCAACAAAUAUAAUGGAUAUUAAUAAUUUAAUAGAAUCAAAUGAAUUUAAUAUUACAAUUAAUAUAGUUGAUAAUAUGAUUUUAAUUGAUAAAACAAAUUUUAAUCAAAUAGUCAAGUUAAUUGCUCAAAGGGAUUUAAAAAUAGAAACUUUAAUAGAGCAAAAUAAUAUUAAUUUAACAAUAUUAAAUAAUUCAGAAUUAUUAACAACUGUAUUAUUAAAAUAUCAACAAAAUAAUAAUAGAUAUUUAUUAGAUCUGAUACAAUUUCAACAAAUAAUUGAAACAAAUGAACCAAAAUUAAUAGGAUUUUUUGAUGAAAUUAUUAAUGCAUUAAUUCCAAAAAAAAGACUUACUAAAAAUAAAGAAAAAGCAAAAAAACAAGUAGUUGCAUAUUGCUAUUUUUAG